ACUCAUGGCAGAACGAGUACCACAGGAUGUGAUACUCAGAACACACAGUGUGAGAAGGUCGCUUCGUGUGGAGUAGUGUUGUGGCGAACACUUCAUCACACGCCUGGAACUAUGGCGAAAGUGCUGCUGUUGUUGAUCCUGACGGUGAUUUAUGAAGGUGCCGCUCAGACCAAUGACUGCGAUCAUAUUGACCAGGACUUAAAGGACGGAGACGUGGAGCUCGUCGCAAGCGGAAGCUUUAUAGAUUCUCAGAAAGAAAUUGACGUAUAUUUCAAGAUGGAUGACGUGAACUUGAAGGACGUCCGUAUUAACUUGAAGGAAAGAAAUGGCAAUCAGCAGUCCGAAUGGUUCCCUUUCGAUGAUGGAUGUUCCCAGCACGGAAAUCAUUCUGAAUGGCGAAUGUUGAAGGUUUCGUACACAACAGACAGCAUCCGUGUUAGCGUCUCAACUGAAAAUUAUUCAUGCCAGAGUAGGUGCUUGAUCAGCUCUCCUUGGCAACUUCCCCUGGACUUCUGUGUGAUAGCCUCCGGGCCCUCCCAGUGGUUGUGGAAAUGGUCAUCCAACUGUUCCCCAACAUUCAAAACCUUUAACGGAACAUCAAAAUAUUCCACCCUGUCUACUUACAUUGCACCCAAGACGAAGCUGUUUGCAGCCAUGGUGGUGAUGAUUGUGCUCUCGGUGAUGGCGUUGGUGUUACUGGCGUCUGUGGUGCUGAUUGUGUGGUGGAAGAAGCAGCGGCAUCAGCAUCCAGGAACACAAAAGGAGCAGAUUUACGACACCUUCACUUUCCAACGCACACGCGGUGACCAGUCAGGUGCCAAGCGCGGCGCCGUACGGAAUGGAUCAAAAAAAGCCACGGAAUCUGCUUUAUAUGAAAAUUUGAACUUAUACGAUGAUGUUGCAGCUGUACGCCCUGAGUCCGCCGUGUACGUCAAUGCUCCACUCUACGAUGACGUGGUCUCUGCAUAACUCAGGGGGCCGCAGCAGCAGCCACGCACCCACGACUAGUUCCAUCACCAGGGAGAGUGAGUCAGGCAGUCAUGAUGAAACAGAAGUGAAGAAAAAUGCAAUGUAAUCAGAUGAUGUAUUCUAUAAAGAUAUGGUGGUUGUGCGGUACGGCCACUUUCUCCAACACACACACACACACACACACACACACACACACACACACACACACCACAAAUUUUACGUUACGCAAAUAUAUUGAAGUUAUAAUAACCCAAAUUGGAGGAAAGAUGACAGAGAGAAGAUAAUAUUAUGGUGUAUAAAUGUGACAAAAAAGAAAGAAAAAGAAAAGGUAGAUAUAGAAGAUUUGUACCCAGUCAAAACCCAACGUCAAGAGGAUUUUUUUUUUUUUUUUAUUAUGUAAGAGGAUUACUGGUCGAGGGAAACAAUGGGGAGAGAAAAAAAAAAACAGCACAAGACAGGAGGAAAUAAGAAUGUGGAAAAAAAUAUAUAGAUAGUUAAAUACAAUAGAUAAGUUGAAUACACUACCAGAGGAAGUGGUGUAUGCGAACAAUAUACGUAGAUUUUAAGGAAAAUAUAACAUAACAAGUUAUCGUAAUACAAAAAGGCAAAUACAUUAAAGUUAUAUUUAUCAUAGCACGACAUUAGACCAGUUCUCUGAUAGUCAACCUGGAUGCAUGAUCUUUUUCAAAGGGUACUUGGAAAUAAUGGCGUACAACAUGGAGGGGUACAUGACAUGGCUAGUGUGUGCAAAAAAAAAAAAAAAAAAAAAAAAAAAAAAAAAAGAAAAGAAAAAAAAAGUUUUUUGGGAGGAAAUGUUUCGCACGUAGCCUAACACGUACAUGCACUCUUACACACAUGGUCUGUGUGUACAAGAGUGCACCAUAGGAUAUAUGUGUUAGGAGAAAAUGGAGUGUCUUGUAACAAAUGAAUUUAAAUUAAUAUUAAAGCAUUACAAAUGAUUUAUUAUGUCAAUAUAUUACACUCAGACGCAACUCACGCCUCACAGGUUUGAGAUGUGGCAAUUUGUUUCAUUAUAGAUUUAGCUCUCAUAUAACAAUUAUUUGCAAGCAUUUUCUAUGCUUAAUAUAGAGACCUAAUAUUCUAUUGUGCAUUUUCACUCUCAAACCAAGAGAAAAACGAGAAAUAUUCAUGUAUUUUUUUGUAUUUAAUCGUCCUAGGCGCGAGGAUACCUAUAUGCAUUUCUCAAAAGCUCCUGGAAAAGUGCAUGAACUUAGGAUAGGUUGAAAACCUUUGGUCUAGCUUACUGUACAUGCUUUUGGCUGGCUCUUCCCCUUUGAUUGUCCAGGUGUCUCUCGGACUCUCGGUUCACACGUUAUGUAGGGACUUCCAGGCAUCGUGUAAACAGAAAUAGUGCAUAAAAAAAUAAAUAAAUAGAUAAAAUAAAAAUAGAAAUAAAUAAAUAAAUAGAUAAAUAAAUAAUAAUAAUAAUAAUAAUAAUAAUAAUAAUGAUAAUAAUAAUAAUAAUAAUAAUAAUAAUAAUAAUAAUAAUAAUAAUGGGAAAAAGAUGUUAGGGGAUUGAGCCGUUAGAUUGCAUUAUUUUGUCCUUAAAUCUGUUUACAUAUAUGAUAAGUGAAUAAUGCUAAUCCUUACAGUUUAUCCUCGUUUAUUAAUCACAAUUUUAAUAUAAAAAGCCAAAACAAUAGAAAUGCAGAAAAAAAAAUGGAAAAAAUUUCCUGAAUAUAUACGUACUACGUAUGCACAGCGCGAAUGAGCUAUGGACUAACAUGAAAUCUUUGUGUAAUUCAAUUCAGUUUAAUAUAUAUUUAUCGUAUUAGAUUAACUUUGUGUGAAAAAAAAAAAUGUGCAAACUGAGUCACCUAUUUUGUGAUCUGUGUUGCUUCCCUCUAUUACGUGGCAGGCGAUUUAUUUUCUUUCUCGGUUAUAUUUCGUGAUCAUUUUGAAGAAUUCCUUGGCUCGUAUUUUUUAAGAGCCUCAGAGAUGAUUGGUCUUGUUCUCAUGACUGUUUUCUCAUUGACGAUAUAGAGUCUUUAUUAAACUAUGACUAACAUCAAUAAUUAAAACACCCUGAGAAAUCCAAAAGUUUCAACUACAAAAUAUUAACCCCUUCAAUACGAUGCCUAUGUAGGCGUCAUGAAGCGCCAGUGGAAUACUCGUAUGACAUGACACCUGCGUAGGCAUCAUGGUUGGAUUCUAUUUCAGUUGUUGAGCGAUCCCGUAUCCUGCCUUGAGUUGUCUUGACAGUCUCCGUAUUGUCCUUGAGGUUCUAUUGCUCCUCCCAGCCCCCCUUUUCCCACCAGUCACGUAAUUGAGUUACCCCACGCCCCACUCUCUAUCCAAAAUGAGGAAGUCUCAUUGGCAGAGCCUUACAUCAUAGUUUACCCCUAUGAUCCUUCCCUUAUCUUCCAUAUCCCACCAUCCUUCUCUUCAUCCUAUACCCCCUUUCCAUAUAUAUAUAUAUAUAUAUAUAUAUAUAUAUAUAGAGAGAGAGAGAGAGAGAGAGAGAGAGAGAGAGAGAGACUCACUUAAGUGAGUAAACACAGCUGCCCACUAAUCUCUUUUCUGAUACUUCGCCUUCCCUUCCUUCCCCAUUUAUUCCUCCUUCACUCAUCACCACCUCUUCUGCAAUUUACUACCCCCAACUACCCCAAAUCGUAAACGUGUGUGUGUGUGUGUGUGUGUGUGUGUCGUACUUACACCCAGGGAAACAAUAACUCCUGCCUCAUAUUUCUAUGACGAAUGAAGGGUUGACUUAGAGAGAGAGAGAGAGAGAGAGAGAGAGAGAGAGAGAGAGAGAAAUUAUAUCAGAAAUCAGAUACGUUACCGCGUUUUUUGAAGCAUCCGGAGUGAAGUGGUUAAAAGUAAUCCGAAACGUUGGAGAAGAUAACCCUUCAUCAAGACUCUAUAUCUGGGGCAGGAGCGGGGAGCAAUAGCAAAAUAGUGGAAAGUUGAAAUAGAUGUGUGUGUGUGUGUGUGUGUGUGUGUGUGUGUGAUAGACAUCCGCUUCUCUACACGCACCGUCACUUCGUAUCCUUUUGAUUACGAUAAACUGUUUGCUGCAGAGGAAAUAUUUGAUAUGUUGUACAAACCUUAGCUUGUUGAAGUUAUUUGGCUUUGUUCAUAAUAUUCUCAGUUUCUUUAUGUAAUAUGCAAUGUGUGUCUCCAGAGAAAAUAAAACUACAAUACUA